GAGAGAGGAGGGGGGCCCUGUCUCUAAAAUGAGUCUCUCUGGGGAGAGAGAGGAGGGGGACCCUGCCUCUAAAAUGAGUCUCUCUGGGGAGAGAGAGGAGGGGGGCCCUGCCUCUAAAAUGAGUCUCUCUGGGGAGAGAGAGGAGGGGGGCCCUGCCUCUAAAAUGAGUCUCUCUGGGGAGAGAGAGGAAGGGGGCCCUGCCUCUAAAAUGAGUCUCUCUGGGGAGAGAGAGGGGGGCCCUGCCUCUAAAAUGAGUCUCUCUGUGGAGAGAGAGGAGGGGGACCCUGCCUCUAAAAUGAGUCUCUCUGGGGAGAGAGAGGGGGGAGGCCCUGCCUCUAAAAUGAGUCUCUCUGGGGAGAGAGAGGAGGGGGGCCCUGCCUCUAAAAUGAGUCUCUCUGGGGAGAGAGAGGAGGGGGGCCCUGCCUCUAAAAUGAGUCUCUCUGGGGAACAUGACACCAAAUCUAAGAGUCCAAUCAAGCAGGAGAGACCAGCCUCCCCUGUACCCAGCUGUGUGUCCAUGAAGAGUGACUGGUCUAUGGAACUACCUUUAAACUUUAGAGAGGGAGACUUUUCUACUGAACAAAGUCCAAUCAAGCAGGAGAGACCAGCCUCCCCUGUACCCAGCUGUGUGUCCAUGAAGAGUGACCUGUCUAUGAAUCGUCCUAUAACCUUUAGAGAGGGAGACUUUUCUACUAAACAAAGAAACCAACAGGAGAGAUCAGAGUCAGAGAUUCUCAGUGGUCAGUCUUCCCAGAGUCAUCAAACAGACCUGGCCUCCAUAUUCAGUUUGCUUGAAGAGAAAAUUAUGACAUUUGUGAAGAACGAGCUGAAGAUGUUCAAGAGGAUUCUUAGUCCAGAACUCCCAGAAGGCUUUGAGAGUCAGAAGCAGGAUAAGGAAGUGGUGGAUGCUGAAGAUGAGAAGCAGGAGAGCAGUGCCAGAGAGGGGGCUCUGAAGAUCACACUGCACGUCCUGAGGAAAAUGAACCAGAAGGAGCUUGCUGACACACUGGAGAAAUAUGAGCUUGCUGUGAUUUGCCAACGUGAACUCAAAUCUAAUUUAAAGAAGAAGUUUCAAUGUGUAUUUGAGGGGAUCGCUAAACAAGGAAACCCAACACUUCUCAAUAAGAUCUACACAGAGCUCUACAUCACAGAGGGUGGAACAGGAGAGGUCAAUAAUGAACAUGAGCUGAGACAGAUUGAGACAACAACCAGGAAACAAACAAGACCAGAGACUGCAAUCAAAUGUAACGACAUCUUCAAACCCUUAACUGGACAAGACAAACCUAUCAGAACUGUGCUGACAAAGGGAGUCGCUGGCAUUGGAAAAACAGUCUCUGUGCAGAAGUUCAUUCUGGAUUGGGCUGAAGGAAAAGCAAAUCAGGAUGUCCAAUUUGUAUUUUCAUUCCCUUUUCGGGAGCUGAAUUUGAUGAAAGGGGACAAACACACUUUCAUUGAGCUUCUCAAUCACUUCUCAAUGGAAACCAAACAAUCAGGAAUCUCCAUCUACAACAAGUACAAAGUUCUGUUCAUCUUUGAUGGUCUGGAUGAGUGCCGACUGCCCCUAGACUUCCAGAAGAACAAGAUCUGUUGGGACGUCACAAAAUCAACCUCAGUGGAUGUUCUGCUGACAAAUCUCAUCAAGGGAAAUCUGCUUCCCUCUGCUCUCAUCUGGAUAACUACCCGACCUGCAGCAGCCAAUAAGAUCCCUUCAAUGUGUGUUGACCAGGUGACAGAGGUACGAGGCUUUAAUGACCCACAGAAGGAGGAGUACUUCAGGAAGAGAUUCAGUGAUGAGGACCUGGCCAGCAGAAUCAUCUCACACAUAAAGACAUCAAGGAGCCUCCACAUCAUGUGCCACAUUCCAGUCUUCUGUUGGAUUUCUGCAACAGUCCUUGAACACAUGCUGAAACAUAAGAGAGAAGAGAUGCCCAAGACUCUGACUGAGAUGUACACACACCUUGUGGUGUUUCAUACCAAACAGAAGAAUGAAAAGUAUCUUGGGAAUGAAGAGACAGGUCCACACUGGAAUAAAGAGAGCAUUCUGUCACUGGGAAAACUGGCUUUUCAACAGCUUGUGAAUGGCAAUCUGAUUUUCUAUGAAGGAGACCUGGAAGAGGCUGGCAUUGAUGUCAGUGAAGCCUCAGUGUACUCAGGAUUGUGCACACAGAUCUUUAAAGAGGAAUGUGUGCUGUACCAGGACAAGGUGUACUGCUUUGUUCAUCUGAGCAUUCAGGAGUUUCUGGCUGCAGUAUAUGUGUUCCUCUCAUUCAUCAACAACAAUGACAAUCUAAUGGACAAACUGCAAACAAACAACAAGUCUGAAAUUACUUUCUACAAGAGUGCUGUGGAUAAAGCCUUACAAAGUGAGACGGGAAACCUGGACCUUUUCCUCCGCUUCCUUCUGGGCCUCUCACUGGAGUCCAAUCAGAAGCACUUACGAGGUCUACUGACAAAGACAAGAAGCAGCUCACAGAGCCAUGAAGAAACAGUCAAGUACAUCAAGGAGAAGAUCGGGGAGAAUCUCUCUCCAGAGAGGAGCAUCAAUCUGUUCCACUGUCUGAAUGAACUGAAUGACUGUUCUCUAGUGGAGGAGAUCCAAAGCUACCUGAGAUCAGGAAGUCUCUCAAAACCCAACCUGUCACCUGCACAGUGGUCAGCUCUGGUCUUUGUGUUGCUGACUUCAGAAAAGGAGCUGGAUGUGUUUGACCUGAAGAAAUACUCCAGAUCAGAGGAAGGUCUUCUGAGGCUGCUGCCAGUGGUCAAAGCCUCCAGAGCUGCUCUGCUGUCAGGCUGUGGAGUCACAGAGGAAGGCUGUGCUUCUCUGGUCUCAGCUCUGGAGUCAAACCCCUCACACCUGAGAGAGCUGGAUCUGAGUAACAAUGACCUGAAGGAUUCAGGAGUGAAGCUGCUCUCUGCUGGACUGGGGAAUCCCCACUGUAAACUGGAGACUCUGAGGCUGUCAGGCUGUGGAGUCACAGAGGAAGGCUGUGCUUCUCUGGUCUCAGCUCUGAGGUCAAACCCCUCACACCUGAGAGAGCUGGAUCUGAGUAACAAUGACCUGAAGGAUUCAGGAGUGAAGCUGCUCUCUGCUGGACUGGAGGAUCCACACUGCAGACUGGAGAAACUCAAACUGUCACGCUGUCUAGUCACAGAGGAAGGCUGUGCUUCUCUGGUCUCAGCUCUGAGGUCAAACCCCUCACACCUGAGAGAGCUGGACCUGAGUUACAAUCACCCAGGAGACUCAGGAGUCAGACUGCUCUCUGCUGGACUGGAGGAUCCACACUGCAGACUGGAGAAACUCAAUGUGGAACAUGGUGGAGAGUACACAAUGAAACCUGGGCUUAGAAAAUAUGUCUGUGAUCUCACACUGGACCCAAACACAGUAUUCAGACACCUCUCUCUGUCUGAGGAGAACAGAAAGGUGACAUGUAGGACAGAGGAGCAGCCGUACCCUGAUCACCCAGAGAGAUUUGAGCACUGUGGACAGUUGCUGUGUAGAGAGCGUCUGAUGGGGCGCUGGUACUGGGAGGUAGAGUGGAGUGGGAUAAGGGCUGAUAUUGGAGUGACAUAUAAAGAAAUCAACAGGAAAGGAGGGGCUAACGACUGUUGGCUUGGACACAAUGACAAGUCCUGGUGUCUGCGCUGCUCUGACAACAGUUACUAUGCCUGGCACAAUUAUAAUGAAACUACCAUAGACGUCCCCUCCUCCAGCUCCCACAGAGUAGGAGUGUAUCUGGACUGGCCAGCCGGCACUCUGUCCUUCUAUAGAGUCUCUUCUGACACACUGACCCACCUGCACACAUUCCACACCACAUUCAAUGAUUACCUCUAUCCAGGGUUUCAUCUUUGGUAUGAUGGUGCCUCAGUGUCUCUGUGUCAAACACUACAUGAUGUUUCACUCUAAUCAGGGUCAUGUUCAGUAAGACACGCUGGAGCAACAAUGUAGAAUAUCUCUCUAGUGUGUAAUGUUGUGGUAGAAUGUGCUGAAAGUGUGGUGUACUAAAACAUGGGGUUAGGUUUAACGCUCAGACACACACCUUCAACACAUUCUACCACAAAAUGUGUAAUAUGACAGUACAGUAAUAGAUGGAAGAAGAGAGGUGGAAAUGUUUUAAUACUGAUCACAAUAUGACAGGACAGUAAUAGAUGGAAGAAGAGAGGUGGAAAUGUUUUAAUACUGAUCACAAUAUGACAGGACAGUAAUAGAUGGAAGAAGAGAGGUGGAAAUGUUUUAAUAUUGAUCACAAUAUGACAGUACAGUAAUAGAUGGAAGAAGAGAGGUGGAAAUGUUUUAAUACUGAUCACAAUAUGACAGGACAGUAAUAGAUGGAAGAAGAGAGGUGGAAAUGUUUUUAUACUGAUCACAAUAUGACAGUACAGUAAUAGAUGGAAGAAGAGAGGUGGAAAUGUUUUAAUGUUGAUCACAAUAUGACAGUACAGUAAAAGAUGGAAGAAGAGAGGUGGAAAUGUUUUAAUAUUGAUCACAAUAUGACAGUACAGUAAUAGAUGGAAGAAGAGGUGGAAAUGUUUUAAUAUUGAUCACAAUAUGACAGUACAGUAAUAGAUGGAAGAAGAGAGGUGGAAAUGUUUUAAUAUUGAUCACAAUAUGACAGUACAGUAAUAGAUGGAAGAAGAGAGGUGGAAAUGUUUUAAUAUUGAUCACAAUAUGACAGUACAGUAAUAGAUGGGAGAAGAGAGGUGGAAAUGUUUUAAUACUGAUCACAAUAUGACAGUACAGUAAUAGAUGGAAGAAGAGAGGUGGAAAUGUUUUAAUACUGAUCACAAUAUGACAGUACAGUAAUAGAUGGAAGAAGAGAGGUGAAGAGAGGUGGAAAUGUUUUAAUACUGAUCACAAUAUGACAGGACAGUGAUAGGGGUUGUGUUCAGUACAUAGAAAUGGGUCGUAUUCAGUUGAAGAGGAAGCUUUUAUCUCACACACACUAAUCAUUCUGUUACUACUACUGUAUGAUGCUGUAAACACACACUCACUAAUCAUUCUGUUACUACUACUGUAUGAUGCUGUAAACACACUCACUAAUCAUUCUGUUACUACUACUGUAUGAUGCUGUAAACACACACUCACUAAUCAUUCUGUUACUACUACUGUAUGAUGCUGUAAACACACACUCACUAAUCAUUCUGUUACUACUACUGUAUGAUGCUGUAAACACACUCACUAAUCAUUCUGUUACUACUACUGUAUGAUGCUGUAAACACACUCACUAAUCAUUCUGUUACUACUACUGUAUGAUGCUGUAAACACACUCACUAAUCAUUCUGUUACUACUACUGUAUGAUGCUGUAAACACACACUCACUAAUCAUUCUGUUACUACUACUGUAUGAUGCUGUAAACACACACUCACUAAUCAUUCUGUUACUACUACUGUAUGAUGCUGUAAACACACUCACUAAUCAUUCUGUUACUACUACUGUACGAUGCUGUAAACACACACUCACUAAUCAUUCUGUUACUACUACUGUAUGAUGCUGUAAACACACCCACUAAUCAUUCUGUUACUACUACUGUAUGAUGCUGUAAACACACACUCACUAAUCAUUCUGUUACUACUACUAUAUAAUGCUGUAAACACACACUCACUAAUCAUUCUGUUACUACUACUGUAUGAUGCUGUAAACACACUCACUAAUCAUUCUGUUACUACUACUGUAUGAUGCUGUAAACACUCACUCACUAAUCAUUCUGUUACUACUACUGUAUGAUGCUGUAAACACACUCACUAAUCAUUCUGUUACUACUACUGUAUGAUGCUGUAAACACUCACUCACUAAUCAUUCUGUUACUACUACUGUAUGAUGCUGUAAACACACUCACUAAUCAUUCUGUUACUACUACUGUAUGAUGCUGUAAACACUCACUCACUAAUCAUUCUGUUACUACUACUGUAUGAUGCUGUAAACACACUCACUAAUCAUUCUGUUUCUAUUACUGUAUGAUGCUGUAAACACACUCACUAAUCAUUCUGUUACUACUACUGUAUGAUGCUGUAAACACACUCACUAAUCAUUCUGUUACUACUACUGUAUGAUGCUGUAAACACACACUCACUAAUCAUUCUGUUACUAAUACUGUAUGAUGCUGUAAACACACACUCACUAAUCAUUCUGUUACUAAUACUGUAUGAUGCUGUAAACACACUCACUAGUCAUUCUGUUACUACUACUGUAUGAUGCUGUAAACACACACUCACUAAUCAUUCUGUUACUACUACUGUAUGAUGCUGUAAACACUCACUAAUCAUUCUGUUACUACUACUGUACGAUGCUGUAAACACACUCACUAAUCAUUCUGUUACUACUACUGUAUGAUGCUGUAAACACACUCACUAAUCAUUCUGUUACUACUACUGUAUGAUGCUGUAAACACACACUCACUAAUCAUUCUGUUACUAAUACUGUAUGAUGCUGUAAACACACUCACUAGUCAUUCUGUUUCUACUACUGUAUGAUGCUGUAAACACACACUCACUAAUCAUUCUGUUACUACUACUGUAUGAGGCUGUAAACACACUCACUAAUCAUUCUGUUACUACUACUGUAUGAUGCUGUAAACACACUCACUAAUCAUUCUGUUACUACUACUGUAUGAUGCUGUAAACACACACUCACUAAUCAUUCUGUUACUACUACUGUAUGAUGCUGUAAACACACUCACUAAUCAUUCUGUUACUACUACUGUAUGAUGCUGUAAACACACUCACUAAUCAUUCUGUUACUACUACUGUAUGAUGCUGUAAACACACUCACUAAUCAUUAUGUUACUACUACUGUAUGAUGCUGUAAACACACACAUACACAUGGAUUUGGUGUUGUAGAUAUGUGGUAGAGGAUCACAUACUUCUAAUACCUCUUGGAUUUUUUUCCUCUUUGCAUCCUGGCCAGGGGACCAGACCAAUAGACUGGAGGUAUUAGUUUCCAUCCUGGCCAGGGGACCAGACCAAUAGACUGGAGGUAUUAGUUUCAAUCCUGGCCAGGGGACCAGACCCAUAGACUGGAGGUAUUAGUUUACAUCCUGGCCAGGGGACCAGACCCAUAGACUGGAGGUAUUAGUUUACAUCCUGGUCAGGGGACCAGAACCAUAGACUGGAGGUAUUAGUUUCCAUCCUGGCCAGGGGACCAGACCCAUAGACUGGAGGUAUUAGUUUCCAUCCUGGUCAGGGGACCAGACCCAUAGACUGGAGGUAUUAGUUUCCAUCCUGGCCAGGGGACCAGACCCAUAGACUGGAGGUAUUAGUUUCCAUCCUGGCCAGGGGACCAGACCCAUAGACUGGAGGUAUUAGUUUACAUCCUGGCCAGGGGACCAGACCCAUAGACUGGAGGUAUUAGUUUCCAUCCUGGUCAGGGGACCAGACCCAUAGACUGGAGGGGUUAGUUUCCAUCCUGGCCAGGGGACCAGACCCAUAGACUGGAGGUAUUAGUUUCCAUCCUGGCCAGGGGACCAGACCCAUAGACUGGAGGUAUUAGUUUCCAUCCUGGCCAGGGGACCAGACCCAUAGCCUGGAGGUAUUAGUUUACAUCCUGGCCAGGGGACCAGACCCAUAGACUGGAGGUAUUAGUUUCCAUCCUGGUCAGGGGACCAGACCCAUAGACUGGAGGGGUUAGUUUCCAUCCUGGUCAGGGGACCAGACCCAUAGACUGGAGGUAUUAGUUUCCAUCCUGGUCAGGGGACCAGACCCAUAGACUGGAGGGGUUAGUUUCCAUCCUGGUCAGGGGACCAGACCCAUAGACUGGAGGUAUUAGUUUCCAUCCUGGUCAGGGGACCAGACCCAUAGACUGGAGGGGUUAGUUUCCAUCCUGGCCAGGGGACCAGACCCAUAGACUGGAGGUAUUAGUUUCCAUCCUGGCCAGGGGACCAGAACCAUAGACUGGAGGGGUUAGUUUCCAUCCUGGCCAGGGGACCAGACCCAUAGACUGGAGGUAUUAGUUUACAUCCUGGCCAGGGGACCAGACACAUAGACUGGAUGUAUUAGUUUAUAUCCUGGUCAGGGGACCAGACCCAUAGACUGGAGGUAUUAGUUUACAUCCUGGACAGGGGACCAGACCCAUAGACUUGAGCUAUUAGUUUCCAUCCUGGCCAGGGGACCAGACCCAUAGACUGGAGGUAUUAGUUUACAUCCUGGCCAGGGGACCAGACCCAUAGACUGGAGGUAUUAGUUUCCAUCCUGGCCAGGGGACCAGACCCAUAGACUGGAGGUAUUAGUUUACAUCCUGGUCAGGGGACCAGACCCAUAGACUGGAGGGGUUAGUUUACAUCCUGGUCAGGGCACCAGACCCAUAGACUGGAGGUAUUAGUUUCCAUCCUGGCCAGGGGACCAGACCCAUAGACUGGAGGUAUUAGUUUCCAUCCUGGCCAGGGGACCAGACCCAUAGACUGGAGGUAUUAGUUUCCAUCCUGGCCAGGGGACCAGACCCAUAGACUGGAGGUAUUAGUUUCCAUCCUGGUCAGGGGACCAGACCCAUAGACUGGAGGUAUUAGUUUCCAUCCUGGCCAGGGGACCAGACCCAUAGACUGGAGGUAUUAGUUUCCAUCCUGGUCAGGGCACCAGACCCAUAGACAGGAGGUAUUAGUUUACAUCCUGGUCAGGGGACCAGACCCAUAGACUGGAGGUAUUAGUUUCCAUCCUGGUCAGGGGACCAGACCCAUAGACUGGAGGUAUUAGUUUCCAUCCUGGCCAGGGGACCAGACCCAUAGACUGGAGUUGUCCUCUUCACCUCAGGGACAGGGGACUUUGUUGGUCUUCCAGACAAUCUCACCUUUAGUAUUUGGUCCCAUAUUCCUGCCUGCAGUGAUUAACUACAUAAAGUUUGUGAUUCUACAAACUUGUUGAAUACAUUUACAGUUUGUCUUGUUUGUGUUUUGGAUGAUGUUUUUCCUAAUAGAAACUGAAUGGUGAAUAAUGUCCUGUCAUUUUGGAGUCACUUCAUUUGUAUUGUCAGUAAGAAUAGAAGAUGUUUCUGAACACUUCUACAUUCAUGUUGAUACUACCAUGAUAAUGAAUGGAUGCUCAACAUCAAGUGCAGGACUUUAUACGGGGCAUUUGGUCCAGGUGUUCCAUUUGUGUAGAGAAAUGCAUUUUCUCCCCUCGUAGAAGGUACUCUGCUAACUGGUAAUAAGAUACAUAUGAAAUGUGACAAUCAAUUUAUAGCAGUAACGGGACCAGUCUAUAACCCACUAUUACAGGAACAGUAUAUAUACAGGAGAAUGAUCAGAGUCAUGUCUCCACUAUUACAGGAACAGUAUCUAUACAGGAGAAUGAUCAGAGUCAUGUCUACACUAUUACAGGAACAGUAUCUAUACAGGAGAAUGAUCAGAGUCAUGUCUCCACUAUUACAGGAACAGUAUCUAUACAGGAGAAUGAUCAGAGUCAUGUCUCCACUAUUACAGGAACAGUAUCUAUACAGGAGAAUGAUCAGAGUCAUGUCUCCACUAUUACAGGAACAGUAUCUAUACAGGAGAAUGAUCAGAGUCAUGUCUCCACUAUUACAGGAACAGUAUCUAUACAGGAGAAUGAUCAGAGUCAUGUCUCCACUAUUACAGGAACAGUAUCUAUACAGGAGAAUGAUCAGAGUCAUGUCUCCACUAUUACAGGAACAGUAUCUAUACAGCAGAAUGAUCAGAGUCAUGUCUCCACUAUUACAGGAACAGUAUCUAUACAGGAGAAUGAUCAGAGUCAUGUCUCCACUAUUACAGGAUCAGUAUCUAUACAGGAGAAUGAUCAGAGUCAUGUCUCCACUAUUACAGGAACAGUAUCUAUACAGGAGAAUGAUCAGAGUCAUGUCUCCACUAUUACAGGAACAGUAUCUAUACAGCAGAAUGAUCAGAGUCAUGUCUCCACUAUUACAGGAACAGUAUCUAUACAGGAGAAUGAUCAGAGUCAAGUCUCCACUAUUACAGGAACAGUAUCUAUACAGGAGAAUGAUCAGAGUCACGUCUCCACUAUUACAGGAACAGUAUCUAUACAGGAGAAUGAUCAGAGUCACGUCUCCACUAUUACAGGAUCAGUAUCUAUACAGGAGAAUGAUCAGAGUCAUGUCUCCACUAUUACAGGAACAGUAUCUAUACAGGAGAAUGAUCAGAGUCACGUCUCCACUAUUACAGGAACAGUAUCUAUACAGGAGAAUGAUCAGAGUCAUGUCUCCACUAUUACAGGAACAGUAUCUAUACAGGAGAAUGAUCAGAGUCAUGUCUCCACUAUUACAGGAACAGUAUCUAUACAGGAGAAUGAUCAGAGUCAUGUCUCCACUAUUACAGGAACAGUAUCUAUACAGGAGAAUGAUCAGAGUCAUGUCUCCACUAUUACAGGAACAGUAUCUAUACAGGAGAAUGAUCAGAGUCAUGUCUACACUAUUACAGGAACAGUAUCUAUACAGGAGAAUGAUCAGAGUCAUGUCUCCAAUGUCCACAUUAGGGAAAGAAGUCACACUUCCUGUUUCAUCUUUAUUUGACGUGCUGUAAUACAGAGAUACAGGCCGUGUUAAAUCAUACAUUAACUCUCUAAACGUUUAUUCAUUUUGUCUUCAUUGAAAAUGAAAGCAUUAUGUUCCUUUAUUCACCAUUUCAAUAAGGGAAGAGCCAGUUUUAAUGUCCAGCUCUGACAAGACCCAGACAGUAUUAACACUUCAAGACUCUAUGGUCAGGUGACUUUUCAUACAGACGUCAUGGUAAAUAAUUGUAAUGGGGGGCUAAGACCAUAGUACACCACGUACACUGGGAGUAGAGAAUCAUCAAUAGGGUUGCUCUGGACACUGGGUAAUCUGACUAACACACACACCUGUUUGACCUCUCUGUGAUACUGUAGGACUAAUCAAUAGGGUUGCUCUGGACACUGGGUAAUCUGACUAACACACACACCUGUUUGAUCUCUCUGUGAUACUGCAGGACUAGACUUAUGUUACUAUUCUGAGUCAAUUCAGGUAGCACUUAAUGUCCUGUGUUUGUGUUAACAUGGCAACCAGCGUUGUAAAUAAAGAGAUGUGCAGAAAGAU